AUGCUGUUGUCGCCGGACGAAAUGCCGUCGGACGUUUUAUUGAGGCGAUAUUCACUCUACGACACUGUGGUCUUGGUGCUUACUUUUCUUCUGUUCACUGGGACGAUCACGGUAAUGGUUAAAAGUAAGAUGUCAAACUUUUCAAAUAUAUCAUUGUUAGCCUAACGCCAGGUAUAACGCUGUUUUGAAGCAUACAAAGAGUUUAAUGCGUCGAUUGGCCGAAAAUGUAAUUCUCCAAUUCAAAAAGCAUCUGUUUCUGCCGUUUUUUUAGGAUUUUUUUACCCAUUUCCUUUUGACCCUACAUUUUUCAAAGCGGCUUACAUUUUGCUUUUUAUAUCCCAUCACAAACCUAGAUAAUACUUUCCUCGAAAGUGACCAUUACAGAGACGGACCUGAUCCAGUGGCAAGAAACGUGCCAUUUUGUGUCCGGGAAGUAUCAAAAAAUGAAGCAAAAUGCCUCACUCUUCAACUAAAAAAAUGUCCGUUUUGAAGGUAUUCUUCUACAAAAAGAGCGCGCGCGUUUUUGAGAUUGGAGAUUUUUCAUUUGGAGAAGGAGGUAUUUUGCCACAUUUUCUGAUACUUCCCCGAUGCAAAAUAGUCAUUUUCUGUCAGUAGAUUGAUUCCGCCAUGUAGGCACUUCAUACCAAAAAAGGCUCCUCGUCAAAAUGGUCUUUUGUCCAAUAGUUUAGUGGAAAAAUCAAUUUUAAUUGAUUUUUCCACUAAAUAUUAAAAUAGGGAAAGUGCCCCAAAUGCGACGCUCAAAUUUGACAAAACUUUAAGAGCAUUUUUACCUAUGUAAGAAGUAUGCAAUAUCCUUCGUCUGCGCUUUUUUGUUUGUGACGAAAGCCAAAUCGUAGAAGAGCCCGAUUUACCCUAUUUGGCGUGACGUGGUACAUGAACCACGACCUCUAAAUAGUUCUGCGUACUGCGCUCUUUAGUGAAUGUCGACUUUUUUUGGAAAUAUAUAUACACUGUACUCCGUACGCCUGAAUUUUUUAUUUUUGCGCGACAUUUUCCAAGAUUUUCAGCUGCCCAGAUUGUACUUCAACCAGGAAGGCCAGAGAUAUUUUUUUGAAGGCUUUAUUCAUUCUAGCGAUCUCUCAGACCGAGGAGUCCAAAAAAAAUUUUCAAAAAUACAACAUAACAAGAUCAUUGUUUUAUGAAAAAACACACACUCUAAAUCCCAGCCUAGCCACUUCCAACAAUCGAUACUUUCAGCCCGAACCCACACGAUGAAGACCUAUCGCUACUACUUGAUCAACGAGCUGUUCUGGUCGCUCCUCUUCGACAUCAUGGGGAAUGUUAUAUGCCCAGUCACACUGUUCCCCGUCCCUUGCUACUUUGGUGUUGGUAUUGUGUUUCCGCUGGACCAGUCAGCCAUGAAAACGAUGCUAUUCGUCGGCACGUUUAUCAUGGUGGGCCGCGGGUCUUCGCUCGCAUUUCAAUUCGCCUAUCGUUUUGUCCAGUCGAUUCCUCCAAGCUCGUGGUUUCGAUUGAAAGGGAAAGUGAGCUUGGGAGCGCGUGAGAUCGUUGGAUUGUUUGUGCUCUUUGUGGGGUUCCAUUGCGCCAUCAUAUUCGUAGGUGUUUUCUGCUUACAAGGGAAGUGGUCAAAGUCAGAGCCCUCAAAUUAAAAUUAAACUUGUCGCAAGGUGAGAUUGAGCUUCUCCAUGACCUAUCAAGCGCCACCUACCUUGCGUUUUGCCGAAUGAAACCCGGGAUUUUAGGUGAGACGGUGGUGAAAUGCGGCGGUUUUUUGAGAAUUUUGGAACCAAAAGGUUAAUAAAUCUUUCUAUCGUAGACAGUCUGAAUUUUAAUGAGCAUUUUUCCUACAUCUGCAAAGAUUUUUUAGGAGGCGUAGCAGUUGUGGUACUUCCCUUUUUAGUCAGCUUCUCUGUGUUUCUAACCAAGACGUCCACAAUUUAUUCGUAUUUUUAGAUACCCCUAUGCUUCAGAUUCCCCGAUCAAGAAAGGGUAAAAAAAGUCUUGAUUAAAGAAGACCCUUUCUUCUUCCAAAUCUACGAGAAAUACCCGAACACGCUCUGCUUCGGAAACGGUACAAGACUAGGCGAAGGAGUCUACAGUCUGAUCUACAUCAUCUUCUUUAUCGUCGCCUCUGUGGUGGUUGCAACUACAGUGAUGUAUCGUUGCAUACGGAAGUCCAAUUUUUCCAUGAACACUCAGCGAAUGCAGCUGAUGUUGUUCUGGUCGCUGGUGGCUCAGUUCGGAGUGGCGCUGGCCACAUUGGCCAUUCCCGGCGCCUUUUAUUUUAUCGCGCCGUUCCUCGGUGUACGCUAUCUGCCUACGCUGCUGGUUUAUUGUACGUUCCCGGUGUUGACUCAAACAACGCUGGAUUGUGUGAUGAUCUUGUACUUUAUCAAGCCCUAUCGCACCUACGUCAAGAAGGCUUAUCUGAGAAUGAGCGGCGGUAAUGUGGCCGAGGUACCGUCGAUCUACACGACCACCGAGGUCUCACAACGACGCGUGACGUUGAUUACAACGUGA